UCUCGCUACAGUAGACUCAUACCUCUACAUACAAUGAGAGAUGCUGGCCAUCUCCCUCUAAUGUCUAAACGCUAGGACACGAACCGGUCAGUGGUUAAGUGUUACACUGGCUCUUCUGCCCGUCCUCAGCCGCCAAGGCCACCCGGCGGCCGACUCUCUAUCAGGCCCCCUACCUCUGCGGCCGCCGCGACAGCAAGCUUAACUAUUGCUAUCGUGUUUCCACCGACUCCGAAGCGGGCUCAGCACUCUUUGCAGUUCUGAGCACAGAUGGACUGAACUCUCGUUGAGAUGUUGCUUGGGAGGAUGGCAUAUCGGCUAUCCCUAUUAUGCCUCACGCCGUGGAUGAUACUUCCCGCCAUUGCUGCCGUCGCAACUACCAACAUCAGGCCCGAGGUCUUGAAUUUUGUGCCAACCUGCGCCCAGAAUUGCUUCGAGUCGUUCAUCUCGGCCAACUUCGACGCCGGCAUAUGCGGGAACUCGCCGUCGUUAGAAUGCCUUUGCCGCCAGCAAGGAAGCUCCGGGUAUACCGUCGGCGAAGGCGCAGUGUCAUGUCUGGCCGGGGAGAGCCGGUUCGGGGCUUGCCAGGGCCAAGACGGUAUCAACGAUGCGAUAGCGACAGCCUACAACAUGUGUGUUGGGAUUUCAAAGGCAGAGCCCAUGACUCACUCGACCAUUGUGGCCACGCUUGUCAUCCCGUCGGGAACAGGGCCGCUUCUCGUCCCCACCGCGAUUUCGACGGCAACGAGCAAAGCAUCGGCAACGACUGCGCCGACGCCGACGUCGACUGUCAGUCUCCCAACAGGGACUGGGGCGCCGGGGUCCACCACACCUACUUCGUCAACAACCGUGGUAUCUCCCACAGCGACGGCCACUGAAAGCCCAGCCUCUUCAGAGAGCCAACCACAACUCGGCAGCGCACAGAUCGCGGGGAUCACGCUCGGGUGCGUCGCCGUGGUGGUCUUUGGGAUCCUUCUGGUGUUGCUCGCCAGAUGCGUGCGUCGGAGAAGAUUUGGCGACCUGGAGGCCGGCUUCUCCAAGAUGAGGGACUCGAUGAGUUUCGGGAGGAAAAGCCGCCCCAACAGCGCUCCGGGCAUUCAGAUCUCCAGCCCGAUCCCCAGAGUCCAGGCAAAGCGAGACCCCAUGGACCCUCGGUGGCAACCUCAGAUACCUGUCAUGUACCAGCAGGGCGUUGGCCUUGCUUUCUCUCCGUCCGCUGCCCGUGGUGGAGUAUCUGCAAAGCCGUCGCCAGUCCCGGCCUCCACUGCUGGUCCUCCUCUUCCUCCGGUUCCAGCCCCAGGCCCAGGCCCAGCCCCUUCGCCGGCUCCAGCCCCAGCUGGUGCCGCGCAAAGCGUGCCGAGGCUGAUCCUGAGCCCGCCGCCGGCGGCUCAGCCCCCGAGGGCGGAGCGAAGUCCGCCGAAGCCGACAUUGACUCUCGCCAUACCCAAAGCCCCCGAGCAGGUGGUUCGCGUGCCCACUAGCGGAAGGGAUAGUGUAGUUACCGAGUUCGCUGAGGAUGGAGAGGCCGAGCUUGCUCCUGGAACGACGAUCUGGCGACCACCAGCUACGGACCCGCUGUCGGCCACAACUAUCUACUUCGCCGAUAAGGGAGGCAACUGGAUACUCCGCAAUACAUCGACGAGGAGACCGGAGAUGCCAACGUCCAAGAUGGCUCGCGCACCCACAAGACCCCCCAUCAAAGAGGGGCCUCAGGCACGCGGCGAAAUCGAGUUGCCGAGCCCAGAGCAUAAAACAAAGGCCGAGAGAGCCAAGGACGCCUAUGGCGAGUUUUCACCGGAUGCCCUGGUCUCCCCGCUCAGGCUGCCCAGGAGACCGGGGCAGGCAAGACUAGGUUCUCCGAUUACAUUCAAGGACCAGCGCCGCGAACCGCAGCUCUCCAGUCCGAGCCUCUCUGAGAGACUCUCGCAGACUGCAGAAACACUCGGCAGAGGGCCUGCUCAAACUGCGAACCGACCUCCGAACAUGUUAUCUUCACCCAGGGACCUGACCGGUGGGAGGAUCAAGCGGAGGCCAAGCAGAAGGGCAAGCCGCAGAGUGUCGCAAGAGUCGGCGACAUCGAUCGAGUCAGCGGCCGCGGGACCCUUUGAAAACGGAAAUGCCGUCGUCGAAGACGAAUCCCAGCUGGACCUGUCACCGGUGGCCGAGUCGCCUCACACACCAAUCUCGCCCGGGAAGUCGCCCGUCACAUAUCCGAAUAUCCGCAAGCAGAACGACAUACAGCAGUUACCUGUCUCAACCAUGAGGCCGGAAGUGCCCGGUGCGCCGAGGUACAAUGUCUGGCACCCGCCAGGGUAUGCCAGUCCUACAGGGGCAAGUGUGCUGCCGAGCAUCAAUUCAGUGAAGGGAGGCGCCCCUCGGGUGAAGAGCCCCGAAAGACCACCACAGAAUGCUCUAGGCCCCCGUCAGGCUCCCACCCGCAAUACUGGACAGCCGCGGACACGGCCCCCAGGCACAGGGACGGGGCCGGCGCCCGUGUCGCCGAUAGAGAAGCAAUACUGGCAGCGGCAGCGUCAGGUGGCCAAUCCAGCUUCCUACUGGAACCAGCCACCACGAAACCCGCCAGCCAAAGUACGAGCAGCAGCAAGACCGAGACAGCCGCCGCCGCCGACGACACCACCUUACGAACUGCCGACGAGCGAGAACUCCCCCCGUCGGCUUGCAAUGCAGACACAAACACAAACGCCGCCACAGUCACAAGAUCAACAGCGACGCCCGGCCCCGACGACGACGCGACCGACAGGGCUGCCGACACCACAGGCCACUCCCGCCAGUGCUGGUGGCGGUGGUGAUGCUUCUUCAAGCAGCAGCCAGAGCCAACAACAGCAACAGAGCACGCUUCUCGCCAAGCGUCGCGGCGCCGACAAAGCCGCCGCUCUCAGCCUCGCCGCCAAUACCGGCAAGGGCAAGGGCGGUGGCGACACGACGCAAAGGGCCAGAAGACCGGGCUGGACGAAGGAACAGCCGUCGGGGUACGGCCCCGCGCCCAUCACGCCUGGCUGGGUGCCCGAGCUGACGCCCACGAGGAGGGGUGAGGAUCUUUAUUUGAAUGUGAGAUGAACAACCCUUUGUAAUAGUAGUAUAUAUACAUACAUAUGUCCGAUGAGAGUGGAGAAGGCUGCGAUGGACGAGUCGUUGGAUAUCGGUUUCACUUUUCACUUUU